CUGGAUGGACGCGGUCGCUCCACGGCCACUCCGCGUCCUUAGGUACCCGCUUCAGCGUUGCGAUCUUUUCAAAUGGGGUCUUAAAAAAAUUAUAUCCUAUUUUAUGCAUCAAAAUCUUUUUUUGGUCUUUUUAAUUAGUGGAAAUUAUAACGCAUUGUAAAUAUGGCUUAUAGUGCUUUAGGAGCGAUUAUUUGUCUAACGAUUUUCUCGACUUUUCCGGGAGUGUGGUGUUCGCAAUGUGAUGACACAGUGCUCUCAGUGGUGCGGACUGCCAGUGCGGUGUUCACGGGGAAGGUGCAAGCCCUGAACGGGACCGGGUCUGAGCAGGAGGCGGUGGUGAGAAUCAAAAGGGUGUUCCGGAAGUCCGGACCGAGCCGAGUUGUCGACAACGACGCCCGCCGCCUCCAUGCAGACCUCGGACCCGGGGUGGAGUUGAGGGUGGCGGUCCCACCCCUCACGACGGCGGACAACGACCAGUUCCUCGUCUGUUUCGGGAUUUUCUCGCCGCUUUUCUCGUUGAGAGUGCGCGACACCAAGGUGUUCGUGGUGAAGCUUCGGCGCGGGAAUUUGGAGCAGAGGCUGGCCCGCAACCGGGACAACUACGCGCCCAGGUUCGAGCUUCUCGCCAGCCCCCUGCCGAUGUCACUCGCCAACCUGCACAGGGUCACCCUCGCCGUUAAAGAUGUUGGCUUCAAAGCAAUCCCUCAGCCCCUGGAAGAACUGUGCGACAAGACGUCGUGCACUCACGGGGCCAGCUGUAUGACCGGGGCGGAUGGCCGAGCGACGUGUCGCUGUCCUGCAGAAUGUCCUACACUGUACUCCCCGGUCUGCGGUACAGACGGGCAGACCUACAAUAACCUCUGCGCUCUCAGGAUGCACUCUUGCAGGAAACAGGAGAAUGUGCGAGUUCAACAUCCUGGAGAAUGUGACUCCUCGGACCCCUGCGCUGACAAGCUGUGCCCCAUGGGUGCCCGCUGUGUGCCAGCCCCUGACGGCCGCUCCGCCAGCUGUGUCUGCCCCCGUCACUGCCCCCAGUACGGGGACCACGCCGCCUCCAGGCCCGUCUGUGGCUCGGACAACCAGGACUACAAGGAUCAGUGUGAGAUGAGGCGCAGCGCUUGUGAACGUGGCAUAGACAUCGCUGUCAAGUACCACGGCGCCUGUGAUCCUUGCGAAAACCUGGAGUGUGUGGAGCCUGAAGUAUGUCAGCUGGACGAGGACCGCAAGCCAGUUUGCCGCUGUGGUGACUCCUGCUCCUUGGAGUUCACUCCUGUCUGUGGCUCAGACGGCAAAACUUACUCCAACGAGUGCGCUCUUCGCCAGGAGUCAUGUCGCUCAAAGAAACAUUUACGGAUCAUCUACAGAGGGACUUGCACUUCAGGUGUAAACCCAUGUAGCAGUGUUAUAUGCUCUCUGGGUGAGGAAUGCGUCAUCUCCAAGUUCGGUAUCGCCCAGUGCGAAUGCCCGUCCCAGUGCGAGAGCGUGGUACGGCCGGUGUGUGGAAACAACGGGCAGACCUACGACUCGCUCUGCCACCUGCGCAAGGCGUCUUGUCUCACUAACACGGACAUCAAGGUGGCCCACAACGGCAAAUGUGGUGCAAGUGGUCCUUGCAGCAGCCAUAAGUGCAGUCAGGGAGCCGUGUGUGUGGAGAGGAGUGGCCUACCCACGUGUGAGUGUCCUCAGUGCUCCGCAGAGUUCAACCCUGUCUGCGGCUCUGACGGCAUCUCCUAUGGGAACGAGUGCAAGCUACGUCUCGAAUCCUGUCAGCACAUGCGCAACAUCUCUCUCCUGCAUGACGGCUUGUGUGGUGGCUGCGAGAACAAGAAGUGUGACUUCUUCUCGGUGUGUGAAAGUGACCAGAUGGGGGAAGCGCAUUGUGUCUGCCCCCGAGACUGCUCACAGGAAGACAAUCCAGUAUGUGGCACCGACAAUGUACCGUACAAAAACGACUGCGAACUGCGAAAAACCGCCUGCGAAAAGAAGCUCCCACUGCAGGUCGCUUAUGACGGAGAUUGUGUACUGGCCGAUCUCUGCAAAGGAGUGAAGUGCAAGCAUGGGGCAAGAUGCGAGGCGGGGGUGUGCAUCUGCCCGACCAACUGCCCGUCUCUGCCCGAGGAGCCUGUGUGCGCCUCCAACAUGAAGACCUACGCCAACGAGUGCGAGAUGCAGAAACAAGCUUGUCUCUCGGACCCGCCAGUCUCUCUCACCGUGGUGUUCUACGGGGACUGCAACGACCGCCUCGGCCCAGGAAUGACGACCACCCCACUAACACCUGGAGCCAUUCCCCAGCCCUCACCGAAAGCCACAGAGGUGCCACGGGAGGCGUGCUCCGAUAUCCGAUGUGACUUCGAAGCCACCUGUGAGCUCGGAGUUGAUGGGUUCCCCAGGUGCUCCUGUCUGUUUGACUGUUCAGGAGAGCCCUUGAGCCACAUCUGUGGCUCCGACCUCCGCAUCUACCCAUCCAUGUGUGCCAUGAAGAUGGAGGCGUGUCAGCGCCAGGAGGAGCUUAGGUUAAGGCCCCUAGACCUGUGCCAAGGUAUGGAGGUCAAACCCUGUAAUGGUGAGCCCCCUGUGGUGGAUCCUCUGACAGAACAGGAGCUUGACUGUGGCAGUGGACCCAAGAGGCAGGAUUGUCCAUCAGACAGUUACUGCCAUCAGACCCCUCAGUUUGCCAGAUGUUGCCGGAAAGAAACUGGAGUAUACCUCAGGAGUUGCCAGGACUCUUGGUUUGGUUGUUGUCCUGAUGACAAGACUCCAGCACAAGGUCCAGAUAAUGCUGGCUGCCCCUCCUUGUGUGGUUGUAACAAAAUCGGAUCAUACUCAGAGACCUGUGAGCCCAACACGGAGCAGUGUCGCUGCAAGCCUGGGGUUGGUGGGCUCAAGUGUGAUCGCUGCGAGCCUGGCUAUUGGGGUCUCCCCAAAAUCACCAGUGGUCACCAGGGAUGCUUACCCUGUGGCUGUUCCACGAUGGGCUCUGUACGCGAGGACUGUGAACAGAUGACAGGUCGCUGUGUCUGCAAGCCAGGAGUUCAAGGUCACAAGUGUGAUGCCUGCUCUGACCCUGCACAGCUGCUGGGACACAAUGGCUGUGUUGCGGCUGACUCUGGUGAGAUGGCGACAGGUCUGCCCUCAUCGUGUGGGGAACUGACGUGUUUUGUGGGAGCCGUGUGUGAGGAGAGCGGUGGGCAGGCUCGCUGUGUCUGCACAAUGACCUGUCCCCAGGAGUCAGACCUACCUCAGAUGGUUUGCGGAAGUGAUGGUCAAACAUUUGGAUCAGAAUGUCAGCUGAAACUUUAUGCAUGUCGGUACCAAAAGGACAUUUCCGUUCAGGCCAUAGGAGCUUGUACAGAGGACAUGCUGGCGGGUACGGAGUGGCCCCUGAGACACUGGACAUCUGGAGCCAGGUACACAGAGCCUGAGGAUGUCAGUUCUCCACUCUCCAAGUCCACGAGACACCUGCUCAUGCCAGAGCCGAGACAAUACUACAACCGCCACGGUCAAGAGAUCAACCACUUCAUAACACCAGGCAAGAAUAGAGGAGGGUUCCAGCUAGCAGGCAGCCCCGCCACCCCCGCCACUGUACAGGUGUUCACAGCACUACUGGGAGAUCUCUGCUCUACAGACAGUGACUGCCCCAUCCCCCACAGCAUGUGUGUGGCGGGGGCUUGUACUUGUCGCCUCAACUACACACAGUCUACGGAUAGGCAAAACUGUAUAGAAAAUAAAGAGAAACAACGCAAACCAAAAAUGUUUUCAUGUGACUCCAACCCGUGUGUUAAUGGAGGGACAUGUGAGGACUUGGAUUCUGGUGCCUUUGUGUGUCAUUGCACUAAAUAUUUUGGUGGACUUUUGUGUGCUGACAUCCUAAUUCCAAGAACAAUUGAAGUAGCAGCUUUCAAUGGAAAGUCAUAUGUUAGACUGAAAAGACUAAAGGCUUACCACAAGCUUAGCAUUGAGAUUGAAUUCAAAACCUAUUCUAAUGAUGGAAUACUCUUCUACAACCAACAACAUGCAGAUGGCACAGGAGACUUUGUUUCACUUGCCAUUGUCAAUGGGUUCGUAGAGUUCAGAUACAACCUGGGCAGUGGACCGGUGGUACUGACGUCUCUAGAGCGAGUACAGCUACACAAGUUUCACCGUGUGAUAGCCAAGCGCUACCAGAGAGACGGUAUACUGCAGGUUGACAACAGUGAGGCUGUAGCGGGCCAGUCUCAGGGCACACUCAGGGCUUUGGAUCUCUUAGAGGAUGCCUUUGUCGGCUACGUCCCAACAUCCAUUAAAAAGGUGGCAGAAAACAUAGGAACCAACAUGGGAUUUUCGGGAUGUAUUCGGCGGCUGAAGAUCGGACGAAAGGUGGUGGAGUUGGAGGAAGGUCGUGACUGGAUGGUGGAGGCAGUCCACGACGUGAGGGAGUGUGGCUCCAACCCUUGUGCUAGCCUUCCCUGUCUCAACACUGCCACCUGUCUCUUCACCAGUGAGACAAACUUUACCUGUGUCUGCUCACCACACUACACAGGCUCAUUGUGUGAAGUCAGAAUAGAUCCUUGUGUAGUAAACCCUUGUGUUCUGGGGACUACGUGUGAGCCUCUACAACAAGGAGGCUUCACCUGUACCUGCCUACCAGGACAUGAUUGUCCCCUCACACAGCAUGAGUUUGCAAUACCAGAAUUUUCUGGUGACUCCUAUCUAGAAGCCAGAAAACUCGAGAAUGUAGGUAGAGCGUUUGCUCUAGAGAUUUGGUUUAUGAGCAAAGCAGAGAAUGGCUUACUGCUGUACAACGGUCAGCUGACUACAGGACGUGGAGACUUCAUCGCUGUCAACAUCGUCAACAGACACGUGCAAUUCAGGUUUAACCUGGGCAGUGGCAUCGCAAACCUGACAACACCAGAGAGGAUACAGCUGGGCGUAUGGCACAUGGUGCGAGCCAGUAGGUUAGACAAGGACGGCGUAUUACAACUGAACAAUGGCUCAGUAGUACGAGGAAUGUCAGGCCCUCCACUCAACGAACUAAACUUGGAGCUUCCUCUCUAUAUUGGCAGUGUUCCAAACUUCACUGAAACCAGCAGAGAUUCUGGAGUAGCUUUUGGGUUGAUUGGUGCAAUCCAGAGACUGAUUGUGAAUGGGCAGUCGUGGACAGGUCUGGGCAUGCAGGGAUCCAGAGUAGGAAGGUAUCAAGGUCCUCCCUGUCCUCCCUCCGCCAACCCUUGCCUCAACAGAGGUGUCUGCUUAUCCUCCCUCAACACCUUCUCUUGCAAGUGUGUCGACGGAUUCUACGGAGAACAAUGUCAACUAUCAGCUGCGAGUGAAAAGCCUGUCAGAUUUAAUGGAGACACUUUCCUGGAGUAUGCUUUCAAUCUCAUCUCUGGAAAAAGUGUUAACAUGUCUGAGCAUUUAAAUUUUACUAACCUGGUGGAGGAAUACUGGGAUGAAAAUUAUGAAGAAUACGAAGAUGCCGAAGAGGAAAUGGAGGAUAUGUAUGAUGAAGAUGAUUUUGUAUUUUUUGAUGAACAAAGGAACAGAAGAAGGACAAGGUUUGAAGUGUCUGUUCGUACAGAAGAAGCCAAUGGACUCCUGUUCUGGCUAAAGAGAGGAAAAAAUCCUCUAGGAAAUUAUGUGGCAGUGGCGAUAUCUGACGGUUACCCAGAGCUGAACCUCAAACUUGGCAGACACAUACCUCUUCUAACGGUUCGAUCUAAAGUCCAAAUCAAUGACGGAGAAUGGCACACCCUUCUGAUAGAGAGGUGGAAGCGAGGCGGCCAGAUUCAAGUGGACAACAAAGUUCCUGACAAGGUGCAAGCGGAGUUUGGGAAAACAAUGUUAAACACAAAUGCACAACUAUGGAUUGGGGGAGCUCCAACGCUGCCUGGAGGGCUGCCGUCAGCCUACUACCUCAACUACAAUGGCUGCCUACAGAGGCUGCUCGUAGACAAGGUCCCAGUCAACUUGCUGCAGCUAAAUACUAGUCUGCCCACGGACCAAUGUGAUUCUGUAUGAUGAUAAAGGAAGACUGAAGCCCUGGUGAAUGCAAGAUGAAUCAUUUGAACAUGUGUUGUGAUAAAGUUAGAAGUGUAAUAUAGAAACUUGUUAAUAUUAUUUUAGAAGCGAGAUGCAAACGUUUUGUAAACAAACUUUCCUAUGUGAAUAUUUAAAUAUGCACAUGGCCGUCCUAAGCCUAAAUACCAUGGUACAGCAGUUUGUAUAUAUACGUAUGUAUACAAAUGCUGACCAAAAUUAUAAAAAGAACACUUAAACAUUCAAUUAUCACUUUUCACGUAAUUGGUCAGGUUAAGUUUUCAAAACCAAUUCAUUCACGUCUUUAUUGAAAAAUAAAUAGAAAUACAACUAUUUCAUUACCUACUUCCUAAAAUUAAGUUGGAAUUUAAUUGUGAUAAAGUCAUAUUUAUGUAUUGAUUACUAGUUACCCUAACCCAACUUUCACAAUAAUGAUCAAUACAAUAGAAUUUAUAAAAACUCAUAGCUACCUAUUUUUUAAACUAAACCUUGAUAACUAUUUAUAUUCCAAUUGAUAAAAACCAAUAUAAUGGCUAAUAAUACUCUAUUAAGAAGAGAUUCCAAAACAAAUAAAUCAUUCUGAAGAAAAUUUGACUAACUAAAAUGUACAGUGAUGCAAAUAUUGUAACACAAAUAAAGGGAUUAAACAUGCAAUACUACAAAAUAUAUAAAGCUUCUUCAUGGAAUAUACAAUUUCUUGUUUAAAAGCUACAUUUAUAAACCGUACUGGGGCAGCCAUAUUCUUCAGGAAGACUUUGUUAACUUCAAUGGUGCAAGAAGAAUUAUUACUGUGUAAUAUGUAAGAAAUGUAAAAAUGGUAAUUAACAUUAGCAAUUAUAUUUCAUUAUUGUAUAGAAUAAAUCAUGUUUGUAAUAAACACAGACUUUGAUAA